UGUCCCCCUGAAACAAGCGCCUUCCAAUCUCCUCCGCCUUCCUGGGGGAGGGCGCCGGCGCCUGAGGCUGGUGUUGGCGUUCGGUCUCUCGUGCGCUCGCUCUUCUCUCUCUCCUCCCUUCUGGCCUUCUCUUUUGGUACCUGAUGAAACCUAGUGGCUUGAUUGCGUUUUGGUCCCCAGCCGAAGGAGCGACUGACGGCAGCCUCGCGGGGCUGUUGCAACCGGGCUGUUUCCUCUCCAUGACAAAGAGAGACUUGAAAAAUGGUUGCGGAAUAUGAAACGUGACACGUGGGUUCCCAGUAAAUACCAGUUCCUGUGCAGUGACCAUUUUACUCCUGACUCUCUUGACAUCAGAUGGGGCAUUCGAUAUUUAAAACAAACUGCUGUACCAACAAUUUUUUCUUUACCUGAGGACAGUCAGGAAAAAGACCAUGCAAAAAAUAAGCCUCAGAAAAAAAAAGCAGAAGAUGAGAAAGAAAUAUGCUUAAUGGUAAAGUCAGAAGAAUUAUCUGCACAAAUGGAACCAAAGAAAAAUAUAGUAAGCGCAGAAAAAUUUGAUGAAAGUACAAAUUUACUUUAUUCAUCUUCUUUGUGUGAACCACUACAAAAGGAUAAGCUACCAGUUGCUAGUAUGGAAAAUCCACAUAAUGGCACAUUAACUAUAAAUUCUUCCAUUCCACAAUGUAUUGAAAAGCCAAAACCUGUUUUAGAAAGCGCAGUUGUCCAGGAUAUAGAAGUUAGUAGCUAUCAUACAUCUCUUGAGAACCUCGUAAAUACUACAGCUGCUACUUUGAAUGUCUCAAAUCCAGAGCAUGUGCAACUCUCUGUGGAACCCAGUAAUGUAGUUGAAACAGCUAUAGACCAUCUCUGUAAUCCAGAUAUCACAGAUAUUUCUGUGUCAACACAGGAAAAUACUGUCUUACUAAGUACAAUUACUCAGACAAUUGAAGAGCUGAACACAGACGAAGAAUCAGUUAUUACCAUUCUAGUGCCUGCUGAAAGCUCUAAGCCAUCCACCAGUUCAGUCAUGCCAACAGAACAAGAGAGCAUAGAUGUAGAAGAUGUAGAUGUUGAAGAUUCCUUAUACGACGACACAGACUAUGGAAUUGAAGUACUACAAACUGAGCAUUCUUAUUGCAGGCAAGAUAUUAACAGGGAACUUCUUUGGCAAAAAGUUACUAAACUACAUUCAAAGAUAACCCUUCUUGAACUACAAGAGCAGCAAACUCUAGGAAGACUCAAAUCUCUAGAAACUCUUAUAGGACAGCUAAAACAAGAAAACUUGCUAUCUGAAGAAAAACUCAAGAUUGUAGAAAACUGUUUCACAACAUUUGAAGUUACUAUGAUAGAAUAAAACUUUUUAGAAGCCAUGAUUUUAUAUAAGAUUAUUACAAACUCUUUGAUUAUCCCUGGGUUGUUUACAAAGUGAUCUAUUUUCCAGCAUGAAUCUCAUAUUCUUAAUGACAUUUAUGAAAAUACAAUGUCAUAGAAUACAAUGUCAUAGAAGGCCUCUUGUUUUCACAAAAUCCAGAAUUAGGAAAUUGCCCUUUAAAGUGAUUAGCUAAGAAGCAUAGGGAGCGAAACUAGAAAAAAAAAUUUAAAUAUUUGUAUUUUUAGCCCAAGGAAGCACUUGUGACAAAUGCUGUCGUUUUAUCCUAUUACUCCAUAUUGAUGUUAACAUAGUGGAGGGGCACAUCUUAUGGUAAUUUAUGUAAUAAUGAAUUGAUUGUAAAAUAUGGCUGAAUCCUAAAGAAAGUGAGAAGAUGGGAGUGAGUAAACCUGUGAUGUCACACAGUUUUCUAUUGGCUAGCUGUGUAAAGUUGGGAAAAUCACACCUGUUUUAGGUAUUUCAUCAGUAAAAUAAGGGAAUUAGAUCAGGAGAUCUUGUCAGCUCUAAAAUUCUGUUUCUGUGAGACCUUUCCCUACUUAAGAGCAUUAUAAACAGAGAUCUAUUUCAAAGACAUUUUAUGACGUGUCUUGAUCAUAGUUAUUGCUUAUGUUGUCUGGAUAGCCUAAGUAUUCAGUUCUAUAAAAAUUCCUGUGUGGUUUGACCUUUCAACUGCAAUUCACUUCUAUAAUAAAGUGUGCCCCAGGAUUGUUUUUGUUUUCAUUUGAACUGCAUUGUAAACUGGGCACUGCCCAAUUGUGUUCUUAGGACGAGAUUCUCUUAAACUUUAAGGAUUACUUCUUGAGUUAUAAAUAUAUCUUGUGUGGUUGGCCAUUACAGUAGUCUUCUAGGAGCUUUAUAAAAGAAUACGAGCUGUAUCCUUAUACUUCAUAAAUACAAGGGAUAAAUUAAUAAAUGGAAAAAAUUCUAAAACACAAUUUUCAUAAUACUCAUUCCACAGUAUUCCUUAAUGAGUAUUAUUGGCUUUUUUAAAAUUACUUGUGUGUUGGGUAUUCCAAAAAAUGUUUUUGUUUCUGGGAAUAUCAGUAUAAUAAUGAACAUCAUUCCCACUCAUCUGCAUUUUGAUUUGUUGUGUUUAGCUUGUAAUCAAGAAAUUUUAAAGAAAUUGAUAAAAUACAUUAGGAAAUGAAAUUGAAAGGAAAGAAUCAUACAAAUAAAAAUUGCUUUUAGAUAGCAUGAGAAAAUUAGCAGAAAAAACUAAAGAAUGUAGUGACUUGAAAGAAAUAACUGAAAACUUGAAAAAUAGUUGAUGUACUCUGAAAUUAGUAGUCACCUUGAUUGAUAAAUGUUAAUGAAGGACUAUCCAUAACAGUAGGAAGUAUAGUAUAUUUUAUUUUGGAAGGCAAAUAAUUACUUUUGUCCCCUCUAGCCCCAUAAAUUCUAUUAUCAUUUUCCAACAGAUAAUUUCUUAGUUAUCUUUUUCUUAGGCUGGUGUUAAAAUUUUACAUUGUCUUAAAUAUUUACCAAUUGACAGUAAAUGAAGGUGGCCUGGAAUUGUGUGGAGUGAUAUAGAGAAAGCUAAUCUGAAUUUUAAAAUAUGAUAUCUACUGAGAAUGUCAGUAACUAAAAAAGAUUUUUUUUUAAAAGGUGGUGUAUUAAUGCUGUUCCCUUUCAUUUAAAACUUAGUGGAAUAUGAAACAUCUUGCUGUGCUGGAUGAAAAUGAGAGCAUGAUUUUUUUUCCCUGCAAUCAUAACCAAGUAAUGUUACAAAGUUAGCAGUUCUCAAUUUUAGUCAAGAUAGACUAUAAUUAAUUGUUUAUGCAGAGGGAUAGAUUAUUGGGGGGGGUUGUUGUUGUUUUUGUUUUCAGAAAUAAGUUUGGUUAAAUAGAAAUAUUACCUAAAAAGAACUUGGGACUAUUAGGUAUUAUCCUUGGCUUUUGUUUUCCCUUUUGUGUGUUUGUCUUAGUAGCACAGGAAAUCCUCAUCUGCAAGCAGGCUGUGUUCCAAAAGUUGAUUUAUAAUUUGGUUGUUUGGAUAUUAUUAGAAGCCAUUUUUAAAAGAAAUAGUGUUACAAGGUUCCCAGGCUUGCUGAUAAAAUCUUAUUUAAACAGAAGUACAAGACUGCACAUUUGUACUAAAGAAAAAAAUAAAAAUUCUACUCAUUAAAACAAAAAAGAAUGAUAAACUAAUUUUUAUUUAUCUUGAGUGCUCAUGCUUGAAAAAUAAACAAAUUUAAGUAGGAAAAGAGAGGGAAGUAGAUGGAGUCUAUAGACUGUAUUACAAGAGUUAUAUAGGUUGGUGGCAAUGAUAUGAUGAUUAAUUUUUCUCUUCAACUCAUCAGCUACAAUUGAGAUCAUUCUUAGCUUAUAAAAGGAGAUAAAAAAGUUUUCCAGAGGUAAAUAGAAAAGAGAUAAGGAGCUAGAGUGAAAAAAAGAUCUAUAUGUGGAAUAAAAUUUGCCUGAGGUCAAAUUGUUCAUGGCAAAAGCCAGAUGGGAAGAAAUGUAACAUGUUUAUAACUUAGGUCUUCCUGAGUUGGGGGAAGGGAAAUCAGACAAUCUCCCAUACUUACCACAGAGUGCCACUGCUGGCCUUUGACAGCCUUGUUGGCUAUAAUGGCUGGGAGAGAAGGGAGACAGCAUACAACCUGCCAUAUAUAUGUUAGGUUCAUAGAUCAAAGGUUUGUAACUCGUGUAAAACUUAUAUGUUUCUUAUUGAAUUUAAAAUAUGGAUUUUUAUACAGGAUUGUCUUUUAGUUGAAAUGUUAAAUAUUAGGAAAUACAGAUGUAAUAACUCUAAUACAUUUGUGACAGAAAAAAUAAAUUUUGUAAAGCAA